CAAAACAGUUUGCACCCAGUUUGCAUUUGGCGCCUUCACCAACACCUGUUCUCUCAUGUAUAUCUGAGGAGUUUGGAGAACUACGUCUGCACCUUUACGCGGUGAACAAGUGCAUUUGUUUCGUGCAUCGCGAAGCCUCAGUAAAAGAUUUAGGCGGCAUUUGAAAGGUCUUUCUGUGCAAAUCUUCAGAGGGAUAACGUUGGCACAUCUGGACUGCACGAUGGAUUGUCGUGAUGCCGGCGACUAGCAGAGCAGACUAGACAUCGUCAUGUGUGCACAACGUUCCGAGUGGAGAACUCGAUGGCUAUCCACAAUCGAUCGGAUACGUGAAAAUAUACCGGAAUUAAUUCCACACCCACCGCCAAUUAUCCAAGAUUACGGUGAUCUGCCCUAUUUUCACCCAUGCAGGUUGGGCAAACGUGAACCACCGGUUCGUGAACAACCCGAACCACUAGAUAACCCCGGGGUGUACAAUAUCCAUUCGCUUCUUCCACGUGGUUCCGUUGGAGCCCGAUCUCAGGAUUUACCACACAACAACUUCCGGUGGUUAUUAAAUAAAAAGUUUACUUGUGUGUUCAUGUGGUUCGGCAUAAUAUGCCUUAUUGUUGGAGUGAUCGCUUUACAGAUUGCAAGUUUUUUCCGGCAUAAACGACAAGCCAUUUUAUCAACCGGUGUCGGAUGUUUGUCAGGGAGCUUGUGCUUGCUGACAAUAUCAAUGUUUUCUUUCUUACACGCCCACUGUAUAAUCUAUGAAUGGGAUCCUGAUAAAGACCGUAUCAGAGCGCAGCAGGAACAGCAAGCGUGGGAACUCACACCAGAAGGGCAAAGACUGUCAGUGUGGAACGAGAUGUCAGUGAACAACUCUGAAAGAGAAUGUGCCGACGGUGCUUUGGAGACGACGGAAGCCAAGGAAGGAGCACAAUGAUCACAUUUUAGUUCGUAAUAACACCAUUUUGUACAUAGCUGACGAAGUUUGCUCAGUGGUAUUAAUAUGGAAACGUCAUUACUCUUGUAUCCAGAUAUUUGCGUGGAUCCAUGAAAGAUAUUCCUUCAACCCCAUCCCGGCUAAGAUCGGGGACACAAUUCUUUAUAAUCAAUCACUUUCUAGUUUCUUUUCUGACCAUUGUCUAUUUCAGAACGACAUCAAAUACACUCCAACAAUCGCGACUGCUUUCUUAACUAAAAC